AUGGCUCUCUGGUUUGUGCUCCUUCUUACCAUCUUUGCCAUUGGUGAAUCUCAGUCAACAAUUUCAUUCAACCAAACCGACCUAGAGGCAGCCAUGGCUGACAUGAGAAGUCGGUCUUACUAUGGAUUUGUCAUCCUCCUCAAAAUGCUCGACAGCCAGCCAAAUUCAAUGCAAAACAAUGAUUUGACAUUCCUAAUGCCAAAUGACGAUGAAUUGUCACAGUUCUCAAUAUCUCUAGAUCAGCUCCAUGAUUUCAUACUCAGCCAUUCUAUUCCAACAUCGUUACUGCUCAGUCAUCUAUUACAUUUUCCAAAUGGCUCUAUGGUUCCCUCUAGCGUUCCAAGUAGGGUGAUCAACAUCACCAACAGCGGGAAAGCAGGUUUGUUUGUCAACAAUGCAAGGAUUGUCACACCGAAUGUGUGUCAGAGCUCUUCAAUAAGAUGCCAUGGAAUCAGUGCUGCUUUGACGUUUGCCAAUAUGGUACCUUUUCACCGAACUUCAGAAAUUAAGGAUCGAACCCAAAUGAACAGUAAUAUGCCAAACCCAUCUGCAUCUGUCAAAAAGAUGAGUAUUCCACCUUUUUAA